AUGGCAGUGUUAUUGCUGGUAGCGUCCACUCCAGAUACCGCUGUUGAAAUACCUUAUACUAAUAUCCUGAUCACUCCCAAAAUGCUAAGUUGCAAGAAGCGUUUGGGUGUUGCAACUUUCCUCUUAAUCAUCUGUGAAGUUCGAGGGGCUUUGGGCAGGAAUGAUGCAACCAGCGUCCAGGAGAACCGUCAUGCACGCGCCCUCCCAUGCCCGAUUCCUGAAGACAUUCUCCCAUGCACGUGUUCUGUAGACGUCGACGGAGCGAUAGACAUGGACUGUUCACACAUCGAGAGCGAAGAACAACUCGCCAGGGUGUUCAGCGCGACCAUCCCUUUCCCCAAUUUCCGGAGACUCGUCAUUUCACAGAAUACCCACCUAAAGUCCCUACAACGUGGGGCGUUAGGCGAGACGUCGUUCAAGGAAAUCUACGUCAUAGGGAGCGUCCUGCAGGAAGUCCAAGAAAGGGCCCUGAACAACAGCCACGCCACGCUCACUGACAUCCGCAUCUACGCCAACAACCUGUCCGAAUUUCCCUUCCAAGAACUGCCGCUUUUCACCUCUCUGCUCCACCUGGACUUGAAUCACAACGACCUGUCCGAUUUCCCGCUGCUGGAAUCGGAUGUGCUGUCCUACAUUGACUUGGGAUUCAACCACAUCAGUGACCUUCCGAGCGAGGGAUUCAGGAACCUCUCGCAGCUGGCUGAGGUUCACCUGUCCGGAAACAGGAUCCAGGAGAUUCAUACAGGCACCUUCGCCGGUUACGCAAGACUGGCCUACGUGUCUCUGGGCGACAAUCAGCUGACCCAUGUUUACCCCGGGGCGAUACAGCUGACCUCCACCCAACACAACGUCGUCUAUCUCCACAACAACUUCUUAACCUCACUGGACGUCAAUGCUAUAGCAGGUGUCGUUGAGGGGUUCGUGUCCUUGCACAAUAACACUAUAACGACCCUGAAUGAAGAAUCUUUGCGGCCGCUUCUGGAGGAGAAUGUUCAGGUCGAUCUGUCAGCUAAUCCUCUCACCUGUGGUUGCGACGUGGCCUGGAUUCUGACCGACGACACGAUACUGGAUCUCAUUGAUGAAGACGCAACCUGUUUCAGCGGAGAACUUUUGGUUGAACUCGAUCCUAAGAUAUACAUUGAUUUGUGUCAGAUUCGUUGAUUUUUUUUCUUUUCUUUCUUCUUUGUUGAUGAUUUUGAUUUUU